AUGUCCUUCGCCAGAGCCGCCUUCUCGUCUCGUGUGGUCCGCCAGGCCGCCGCCAGCACCCGCCGCUACUCCACGGCCCCCGACGCCAAAAAGUCGUCCAACCUCCCUCUCUACCUCGGCGGCGCAGGCGUCGCGGGCCUCGCCGCAUACAUCUACCUCGACUCCCGGUCCAAGCCCGCUGCGGCCGCCCAACCCGCCAAGAAGCAGGAAAAGAGCCCGCUCAACCCCGACGCCUUCGUCGACUUCCCCUUGAAGCGCGUCGAGCCCUACAACCACAACACCGCCAAGUUCGUCUUUGAGCUCCCCGACGGCGAAGCGUCCCUCCUCCCCGUCGCCUCCUGCGUCGUCGUCAAGACCCCAGACGACUCCCCCACCGCCCUCAAGACCGACUCUGGCAAGCCCGUCGUCCGCCCGUACACCCCCGUCUCCCCGCCCGACCAGCCCGGCGAGCUCACCUUCCUCAUCAAAAAGUAUGACGCCGGCAAGGUGUCCAAGUGGGUCCACGACAUGAAGCCCGGCGACAAGCUGUCCGUCAAGGGCCCCAUCGUGAAAAUCCCCUUCAAGGUGAACGAGUUUGAGGAGGUCGGCAUGAUUGCGGGCGGGAGCGGCAUCACGCCAAUGUAUCAGAUCCUAAAGCACGCGCUGGGCGACUCGUCGAACAAGACACGCUUCACGCUCGUCUUUGCCAAUAUCGCCGAGAAUGACAUCCUCCUCCGCGAAGAGUUCGAGGCUAUGCGCAAGCAGCACCCGGACACGUUCAACAUCGUGUACACGCUGGACCAAGCGGGUUCGGAUUGGAAGGGCUACAAGGGUUACGUGAACCAGGAGAUGAUCAUGCAACAUAUCGGACCCGCGAACCUUGGGAACAAGGUCAAGGUCUUUGUGUGCGGGCCUCCUGGACAGGUGAGCGCGAUUGCGGGUAAGAAGGACGGCAUGAAGCAGGGCACACUUGGCGGGAUCUUGAAGGAGCUGGGAUACACCGAGGACCAGGUCUUCAAGUUCUAA